AUGCCAGUUGUUAUGUGGGAUUUUAAGCAUUGCGAUCCUAAGCGUUGUUCUGGUGUCAAACUAGCUCGAUGCGAUAUGCUCAAGACUCUGAAAUUAACACAGCGUUUCCGUGGUAUUGUAGCAAGCCCUGUUGGAGAAAAGGCAGUUUCGCCAGCAGAUAGAAAAAUUGUUGAACUUUAUGGUGCAGGUGUAGUCGAUUGUUCCUGGGCACGCAUUGACGAAGUACCUUUCAGUAAGAUCAGAGGCCCUACGGAUCGUCUCUUGCCUUAUUUAGUGGCUACUAAUCCAGUAAAUUACGGUAAGCCUUGGAAACUAAACUGUGCUGAAGCAUUGGCUGCUAUUUUCCAUAUUACCGGUUUCCCUGAACAUGGAGAUGAAUUGAUGUCAAAGUUUAAGUGGGGACAUGCCUUUAAAAACGUGAAUGGUGGAUUGCUUUCGCGUUAUGCUAAAUGUAAAGAUUCAACUGAAGUGAUUGCUGUACAAAAUGAAUACCUUGCACAAUUGGAACAAGAUGAAAAGUCAAAGAAACAAAAGGCAGAGAAAGACGAUUUAGAUGAUAGCGAAGAUGAUGAUUUAUUUCAAAAUCAUAAUAGAGAUAAUGCUUUUACUGCCUUUGAUGACACUGAAGAAGAAAGUGAGGAAGACACUGAAGAAGACAAUGAAGAAGACAAUGAAGAAGACAAUGAAGGGUCAGACUUAGAAGAAGUUAUAGAUAAACUAGGCAAUACCCAUAUUCGCCAUCGAUAA